CAGACCUCCAUGCGAUACGGACCUCCAUUAACUAUGUCGAAAGUAAUGAAAAUCAUGGUAGCCAUGUGCGACGGCAACCGAGGUAUUGGAAAUAAUGGUAGAUUACCUUGGCCACGCCUGAAAGAAGAUUAUGACUACUAUCUGAACACAGUGAUACACAGACAUAACCCAGAGAAGAAGAAUGUUCACAUUCAGGGCCGAAGGACAUGGAGGGCUGUGGAUUCGACCAGGACGUCGGACCCCAAUCAAAUUCAGAUCGUAAUCAGUAGAACCUUACAUGGCAGCAAGGAUCCAUUAAAACCCAUUGUUGUUCCUACUUUUGAGGAAGCUGUCCUGGUCGCAACAUCACCGGAAAUACAGAGUCAGAUCGAGUCAAUAUGGAUCAUCGGUGGUGAACGUGUGUACGAGGCGGCGAUUGCCCACCCGCUGUGCAAGCGUAUCUACCUAACCAGGAUCUACAAGGACUUUGUCUCCGAUGUCUUCUUCCCCCCUUUUGAAGAGAGAUUCGCCGAGAGCAGUGACCCUGAUGUGGACGGAAAGAUGAGAGAGGAUAACGGAAUUGCUUUCCGGUUUGAAGUUUACGACCGGAAGUGCUGAAAGACAGCAGCGCCAUACAGCGUCGAGUUUGGAUAACAGAAACUGAUUAUGACGUGGCAGAUUCUGAUUGACUGGAGAUGGGAAAACCGUUCUUAAAAAUCAAUAAAUUUGUUUUUCGGCACAAUUUACAAUAUUUUAAACAGGGUAGGGGUGAUGUGGUUGCAAAUUAAUUAUUUUUCUCUCCCCA